AUGUUGCGGCCUCAGGGAUUUAAAAAUGCAUCCUCUAGAGAAGAUGGUAUCUCUAUUGAUGCACUUCAUCGCGUCGAUCCACAGGAGAGUGCCGGUACAAUGACGUUCCUUUGGCUGUGCGCUUUUAUGAUUACUUUACAUCCUGAUGGCCUAUUUGGUUCCAAGUCUGCGGGUGAUGAUUGCGUGAUUCAGAGGGACCAUUGCAGAGAGCUGCUUGUCUUUUGGUGCUUUGGAGUUUACAGGAUCACAGCUCAUCAAGUGUCGUUCCAUCGCUUACAACCCGAGUGCCAACGUAGCGGGUCUUAUCAACAAGAGAAUGAUUGCAAGAUCGGCUUGAUUUGGAUAUCAGCAGGAUUUCGUGCAUACAUGGGUAUCAUUGGUAAAUAG